AUGACCUUUGCGGGCUCUGAGCCCGCGGAGCACCCUGGGGCCUUUUUCCAGGCUGUGCCCCAGGCUUUGUGGGAGGCAGGGCCCAGGGAGGGGUUUGGGACAGAGUCAGCCCCCGUGCCAGGGCUCCAGCCGGCAGCCCCCACCACACUCACUCUGGGUGGGGCUGGCGUACUCACCUCCGCAGCCCUCCUGGUGACAGUCACUACCCUGGAGCUGCAGGUGUUCAACCUCCUGGGCUACCAGUGGGCACCCAUCUUGGCCACCUUCACCCGCAUUGUCGUGGUUAUCCUGGGGUCUUCAGCACCAUCCAGUGCCGGCCUUGCUACAUUGUGGUGUCCUGACCUCAACCUCUCCCAGCAGCGUUCCUGGUGGUAUGAGCAUGGCCUGGGCUGUGUGCCCGAGGAACCGGCAGCUGGCUUGGGUUCUCUGGACAGACAGCUCCUGGAGUAUGGCCACAUGGAGGCUCUGCACAGCGCCCUGCAGACCAUGCUGAUGCUCUUGGGCUUCAUCUGUGCCUGCCACAUGGUCAGUGUGAUCACCAAGGAGGAGGACAGCUAUAAGUUUGAUUUCAUUGGUGGAUUUGACCCAUUUCCUCCCUACCAUGUCAAUGAAAAGCCUUCCAACCUCUAGUGCGAGCAGGCCUUGUCCCACAUGGAAUCCUGA